CACACCCUUAAUCUGACGUCAAAUUAAUCAUGCAUAAUGUACAAUAUUAAUAAAUUAAAGAAAAAAACAAACAUGUAUAAGGAUUAUCUUUGGAGCUAAUCUAUUAAUUUACGCCAUGUCAAAACCCUGUAAGAAAAUAAAAAACCCAUGCAAAAUAUGUCUGGGACCAGUAACCCGAAAGAAUGGUUUACAAUGCCAGGGCUUUUGUCAGUGUUGGGUUCACUACGCCUGCCUCAACUACACUCCCGGUAAGAUAAAGGACAUCAAAGCUGGUAUUAUUCACGUAAACUGUCCUUGUCCAGAUUGCAACAGCUCACUUCCAAAAGAAUACCGCUCGGAUGAGCCAUACAGUUGCACGAACUUACAGUGUCCCGCUAAUAUUGCACCCAAAUGUGACAACACUGGCUGUCCAAUUAAUAAACAACAAGGUCAGAAAGGAACUAAUAUGAGAAAUACUGGUGCCGGGUCUGGUUGUCCCUUAGGCCAAUGUGGUAAAGAAUGUAAGGAAAACAGCAAAGGCUCGAACCAACCAGGAAGAGAAAAAGAAGGAAAAGGAAGUUCAUGCGGUCCGUCAUGCAAAGAAACUAGUGUUCCGUUGAGAGCCGGGGCGAUUUUACCACAUCAGAUGCCGCCCAGUCCGGAGAGCCCUCCAUUCUGCCCUUCAGGAUGCUCAUUACCACCUGGAGAUUUAGGUCAAUCAUCAGACCCAAUGCCGGCGUUGGAACAAAUGUGUAAUACAGUCGGUCAAUUGACGAAUCAAAUAAACGAUCUUAUGCAGCAAAUGAAGAAUGUUGUACAGGGUAAUAAUAGCGGUGGAGGACCUGGAAGAGAUCCUAAAGAAAGUUAUCCAAAGUCCUGCUACUGUCCUGGCAACCCUGGUAAAAAACGAUAAAUAUAUACGUUCUAAGCAUGAAGUUCAUUUAUAAAUACUUUGUCAACUGGAAACAUACUUAGAAUCUUACACUAUAUGGUUACGUUUUAAAAGGCAUUGCGAUUGACGAAGAGUUUAUUUGUUGAUAGAACAAUAUUU